UUAUGUUGCCUUGUAAUCAACGUGUUGUAGUUUUAUAGCUGUGUGCUAAAUACAUAAACAUUAUCCAAACUAGUGAUCCCCGAGUCAGUCCUUCAUCUUCUAUUAAUUUCAAUAUAUCACAUAUUACUAUCAAUGCUUCAGAAUAACACAGUUAGGUUUGGUGCAAUGAGAUGUUUUAUUUUGCGAAAAGAAAUUCAGUAAUUCUGGAGUACUUUCUGGACAGCUGAGUUCUACUGGCCACAGCAUGACCUUCAAAUGGUCACACUGUUAGUGGAUAAAUUAGUAGAUAAAGAUAUAUAAGAUACAAGAACAAUUUGAUUAUUUUUGAUGUUCAGCUAACACUUGUACCUGUCGGUCACUUGUACACAUUUCAAUACAUUCAGAUAUUUCACUGCAGCAAGACAGGCCAUCUCACCAUCAAAGGUACAACAGCAACACUCCCACUUGGAUCUUUACUCUCCAACAUUCAUCUAUUUAUAUUAUGUUGACCACUCUGCUGUCUGCUGCACUUCAAGGAUAACAUUGGUUUCUCGUUGAAAUCCCAGGUCUGUUGUUAAAUGACAAAUGUCAUCAUUCCAUUAAUGGAAACGGAGGCAUUUUGUUGCUCAUUCUAUCAAGAAUCAUACUUGAUAUGCACAGGUUUGCUGAAUGUCUGUGGAAUUUGUGAUAUAUUGAUUGCUACAGAAAGUCAAAUUUUCUAAAUUUAUCAAGAAUCUGCAAACUAGUGAUGCAUCUUUACCCCCUUUUCAUAAGCUGGGGGACUGGUAAUGAGAUGAACUGAAAACAAAUGUGCUGGAUUAGUUGCAUGGAUCUCGAGUGGUGCUUCUGGUGGACAUUGGGGGUUUCACCCCUAGGGCCGUGGCACCAGUUUUUUAUUUCAUAUAUAUCUGGACUUUUACGUGUGCUUUCCCCACUGAAUGGAAAGAAGCUUUUUUUUCUUUAACUACACUUCUCGUUUUGCGUUCAGUAGUCCAUUUAGUUUCUGUUUUGUGUCUCUUAAGAUUAAAUAGAUUCUCAGUGAGUGACUUUACUGAAGUACCAGUUACCAUGUCAGACAAAGUGGUCUACUCUGCUGUGAAGUUUAAGAACUCAUAUUAUACAGAUCCUGAAACCCAGUGUGACGUCAUCUACUCUGAAGUAAAAAUAUGUGAGCCACUCAGUACCCAGAAAACCAGCAGUGAGAAGAAAAAUGCCGUAUCCACAGAGAAGACUGGAACAAGUGCCCUUCACCACCGAGCGGCUCUUAUGAGUUUGGCACUGCUUUGCGCCGUCUUACUGACUGUCAUCAUAGUUCUGGGUGCUUCCCUAAAUAGCAUCAGUGAGGAUUUUUAUGCAAUGGAGGAAGAUCUGGCCAAGUUCAAAGCAAACUACAGCUUUCUGGUUAAUGAGACAGGCCAGCUACAAGAAGUUUUCAGAAGUCUGAAUAAAGACAAAAGACAGCAACAGGAAGACUUCAACAAUCUGUUUACGGAGAAUGUUGAGCUACAGGAGAGAUUUAGAAUCCUGAUCAGGAACCAGGAGGAGCUGCAGAAAAGCUACGACAAGCUUGAUGAAGAGAAAAAGGAGUUACAAAACAAUUUCAAUAUUUUGACUAAUGACAAGAGCCAGUUACAGGAAAACUAUAGCAUUCUGGUGAAAGAUUCUGGCAAAAAGGACAGCCGGACAAUCGAUAUCACUAUGAAGAAUGUGCCAUUUCUAAUGCAGCUGGAUGGAAAAGCAAGAACUGUUACUCUGACAGUUUUUGGGUCUGUGAAACUGAAGCACUAA